AUGUUUAACUGCGAUCAUUGUCCGUCAGUUUUCAAUGCAAAACGUAAUUUGACAGCACACCAAAAGAAGCAUACGGGUGUACGUUUUCCGUGCACUGUAUGCCCAUCAACAUUCGCUUACAAAACCGGACUCAACAAACAUAUGAAAAAUGGUCAUGGUAUCAUAAAUGUUCCAGCCCACUUAAGACCAUUGCCAGCUGCGCCGAUCAUCGAUCAACCUGCUCCAGCUCAAGUCCAGAUUGCACCGCAAAUAUUUGUUCCUGAUGUCCCGGCCGGUGGAUCGAACAUGUUAACCGAAGACGAAAUGUGUAUGGAAGCCAUGGACGAAUUUGAGGAUACAGAUUCUUACACCGUUGCCGUUAACGGGAAACGUGUUUCGACUGCUAACACCACCUCAGCUGUUAGGGCAAAAAAGACGCGUAUGGAUAUGGUGAAGGCCCCCGGAUUCGUAGAAAUUUUGUCGUCUGCGAGCCGUAAAAUCGUGUGGUACUAUACCAAAAAUAUCGGCAAUACAAUGAUUUAUUCAGACUUUCUUCGACCCCUCAUACCUGAACUAAUAAAUUUGUUGAAAACUCACGUACAAAAACACGCAAUAAAAUUUAAUUUGAAACUCGAGGCGACAUACAACCGUCCCAACGUCCCCAAUUCGUCAGAGAACAGGGCGUUCAAGACCUCGGCAGUUGAAAUUUACCCUGACAGCGAUUUUAGAACGAUUGUAGAGAGGGCGUAUAUCAAGUUAAUGAAGGAGAAGGACGAAUAUAUGGGAAGAGGAAGUGGAUUUACAUUAGAGUCGAUCGAUGGGCUGUUGCUGGCAGUGUAUAAAUAUACGCCGAUGGGCGGAUCAUCGUACAUACAAUUACCUGAAUAUAUUGAUAGGAAGCGGGGUACCAUCAACCCAAAGAAUACGGACCAGCAUUGUUUUAUGUGGGCAAUCCUAUCAAGGCAUGUGACCGGACCAACGGUAUGUCGUGUAGAGGGAAAUAGAUAUAGUCAGCAUGAGGGGAAAUAUAAUUUUGACGGUAUUUCGUUCCCUACACCUCUGUCGGAUAUAUCAAAUUUUGAAAAAAAUAAUAUCAAUGUAAGUGUUAACGUCUAUGGGCUCGAUAAGAAAUUCCAACCACCUAGAAAAUACCCGACAUACGAGGUGUACCCGCUGCGAGUAAUCAGCGAAGAAAAACCGGACCAUUUCGACCUGUUGUUGGUGACAGAUGGCGACAACUCGCACUAUGUUUACAUUUCGAAUUUUUCCCGGCUCAUACGUAAGCAGAAAACGAGACACAAUGGGAGUGUCAUUUUUUGUAAAAGGUGCUUCACCAGCUUUGACAACCAAAAUUUAAAAUUCAAGUUGAGCGGGCAGGAGGCCCUGGACCAACACAAAUUGAUUUGCGGCGCGCACAAGCCGAUACUACCCGAGAUGCCGAAGGAGGGGGAGUGUGUUGAGUUCAGGGCGUGGAAAAAAACGGUUAGGCACCCGUUUGUAAUUUACGCGGAUUUCGAGGCGAUCUUGGUGAAGACGGAGGAGAAAAAAGGAGGUAGCACGACAGUUAUACAGAGGCAUGAGGCGAUGAGUUAUGGGUUUUUAGUGAAGGCGAGCGAGGACGUGCCGGCGGAUUUAUUGGAACAACACGAGAUACCGGCGGGGCCGGUAAUCUAUAGAGGAAGUGAAGACAGGACGGACGUGGCGAGGCAUUUUGUAGAGUCAAUAGUUGAGGUGGCCCAUAAAAUUGAAAAUCUGAUGAAGACGAAUAUAGCGAUUAUUAUGACUGAGGGAGAAGAAAAAACAUAUCAAGAGUGUAGUACGUGUAAUUUAUGCAAAUGUGUAUUAGUCGGGGGCGAUAAGGUUAGGGAUCAUGAUCAUCUGACGGGCAAAUUUAGGCAGACCUUGUGCUCUAGGUGUAACUUAGAGUUGCAACAGCCUAAAUUUGUCCCCGUAUUUUUUCAUAAUCUCUCAAACUACGACUCGCACUUCAUAAUAUCUGAACUUGGUUAUGAUACUCAGACUAUCAACGUUAUACCGAACAGUGAGGAGAAAUAUAUAUCUUUUUCGAAAUAUAUAAAUAGUACCUUCACUGUUCGGUUUAUCGACUCGUUCAGGUUUAUGGCGUCGAGUUUGUCGUCCCUGGCCGAAAAUUUAGUUACACCCGAACAUGAGAACUUCCGUGAGACAGCUAAACAUUUUGUCACCGGAGAUAUGUCACUCGUGACUCGGAAGGGUGUGUACCCUUACGAGUACACGGAUAGUUGGGAGCGGCUGGAAGACAGGAGAUUACCGAGGAAGAGGGAUUUUUUUAGUACGUUGACGGAGACCAGUAUAAAGGAGAGUGACUUUGAGCAUGCGAAGGAGGUCUGGGACCACUUUGAUUGUGAGACGCUCGGGGAUUAUAGUGAUCUCUACCUAAAAAUUGACGUUUUACUACUGGCAGACGUUUUCGAAAACUUUCGUGACGUAUGCAUGAGGGCGUACAACCUGGACCCUGCUCACUAUUAUACAGCACCAGGCUUAAGUUUUGACGCCAUGCUAAAGUUCACAGGCCAAAAGUUGCAAUUGCUACACGAUUAUGACAUGUUGUUGAUGUUCGAAAAUGGUAUACGCGGUGGAUUGGUGCAGGCGAGUAAGAGGUAUGGAAAGGCGAACAACGAGAAGACUCCGGAUUACGACGAGACAAAAGAUAAAUCGUGGAUUAUUUAUCAGGACUGUAACAACUUGUAUGGAUGGGCCAUGUCGCAGUACAUGCCGUACGGUGGGUUCAACUGGGUUGAACCUACGUUAAACGGUUUGAAUGAUUUGGACGAUACCUCCCCCAUAGGACGAGUGUAUGAGGUGGAUGUGUCGUACCCACGACAUUUGCAUGAUAACCACAAUGACUUACCCUUUCUACCGCAAAAUAGUGUGCCACAUGGAUCGAAGGUGCGAAAGUUGAUGGCGACGUUCGAGGAGAAAAAAAAUUACAUAAUUCACUAUAGGAGCCUGCAGCAGGCCAUUAAGAAUGGACUAAUAGUAGAAAAAGUACAUAGAGUGAUACAAUUUAACCAGUCUAACUGGCUGGCUAAAUAUAUUGAGUUGAACACCGAGAUGAGGAAGAAGGCGAGGAAUGAUUUUGAAAAGGACUUUUUUAAAUUAAUGAACAACGCUGUAUUUGGGAAGACUAUGCAGUCUAAAAGAAAGGAGAUGAAGAUGGAGUUAGUGUCGUGUGAGAGGAGGUUACAAAAAUUAAUCAACAAGAGUACAUUUAAACACUGUACCAAUUAUAACGAAAACCUAAACGCUGUCGCACUGGAGAAUAAAAUUAUUAAAUUUGAUAAACCUAUAUAUAUUGGAUUCGCUGUACUGGAUGUAUCAAAAACGCUAAUGUAUGAGUACCAUUAUGAUGUCAUGCAGAGGCACUAUGGAGACAAAAUUAAAUUAAUGUACACUGAUACAGAUUCAUUGAUUUACCACAUACAAACGGAUGAUUUUUAUGCAGACUUGGCGACCAACCAUAACUUGUUGGACCGGAUGGACACUGCUAACCUGCCCACUGACCAUCCGUGUUAUGUGGCAGGAAGGAAGAAGACCCCCGGUUACUUCUCCGAUGAGGUAAACGGAAAUGUUAUUAGCGACUUCUGUGCGUUGAGAGCAAAAUCCUACGCUUUCAACGUAUAUACUGGACCGGAGGACAGACUUGGUGGUGAAAAGAUCAAGGCGAAGGGGAUAAGAGGUCAUGUGGUUAAAAACCACAUGACUCUUGAGGAUCAUAGGAAGUGUCUGUUUGACGAAGAAGGAUUAGAAUUGUAUAGGGAAAACAUAUCAAUACGGUCAUUCAACCAUCAACUCAUGACCAUAAAGACAAAAAAAUUAACUUACAAUAGCUAUGACGAUAAGAGGGUGGUGUUAGAAGAUAAAGUCAACACACUAGCACAUGGACACUAUAGUAUAGAGGAAGAUGACAUAUGGCCAGAGCUUGAGGAAGAUGGAGGGAACUGGAACGAUGAGGAAAAAGAAUUGAUGAGAGAGCUACUACAAUGUAUAACUUAAUUUAUAUAUUUUCUGUU